AUGUCGCACAGGCUCAACGUGGACCCCAGCUACAGACUAGUGCGGCAGAAGAGGAGGCCAAUGACUCCAGAGCGUUAUGCCGCCCUUAAAGAGGAGGUGGAUAAGCUCUUGGACAACAGAUUCAUCAGAGAAGCCCAGAUUGACCAGCUCAUGGAUGCAACAGCGGGGCACCAGCUCCUCAGUUUCAUGGACGCCUACUCGGGAUACAACCAGAUCCCCAUGAACCAUAGCAAGGAGGAGCACACGUCGUUUAUCACCGAUCGUGGACUAUACUGCUACAAAGUUAUGACGUUCGGACUGAAGAAUGCUGGGGCCACCUACCAGAGACUCGUAAAUACAAUGUUCGAAGCGCAGAUUGGGAGAACAAUGGAAGUAUAUGUCGACGAUAUGCUGGUUAAAUCUGAGCAGGCCGCAGAUCAUGUUCGCGAUUUAGGAGAAAUGUUCAAGAUCCUCAGGAGCUACCACAUGAAACUAAAUCCAUUGAAGUGCGCUUUUGGAGUGGCUUCCGGGAAAUUCUUGGGAUUCAUGGUCAACAACAGAGGCAUCGAGGCCAACCCGGAGAAAAUAAAGGCCUUGCUGGAUAUGAGAUCUCCCACAAAGAAGAAGGAUGUACAGAGCCUUACCAGAGUAUCAGAAGACGCUCUUAGCGCAGCAUUGGUUCGGGAGGAAGAAGAGGUGCAAUACCCCGUCUACUACGUCAGCAAAAGGUUAGUGGAUGAGGAAACAAGGUACACACUGAUGGAGAAGCUCGCAUACUGCCUAGUCACAGCAUCGAGGAAGUUGCGUCCCUAUUUCCAGGCCCAUCAGAUCAACGUUUUGACCAAGUACCCCCUGAAGCAGAUUUUGCAGAAACCAGACACUUCAGGUCGCCUGCUAAAAUGGGUGAUCGAGCUCGCUCAGUUCGACUUGGAAUAUAAACCAAGGACGGCUAUCAAAGGACAAGCACUCGCGGAUUUCAUUGCUGAAUUCACUGGACCAACCCAAGUGGGAGAAGAAGCCUCAGAAGGACCAUCCUGGGAACUAUACGUUGAUGGAUCGUCUAACGAUCAAGGAGCUGGGGUUGGAGUUAUGUUAAUCAGCCCGGAGGGCCACCGGAUCCUCUAUACCCUACGAUUCGGUUUUCGAGCUACCAACAAUGAGGCAGAGUAUGAGGCAUUGCUUGCAGGGCUACGCCUGGCAAAAGAGGUACUAGCUGAAGCAGUUGUAAUCCUCAGCGACUCCCAACUGGUCGUUAAUCAAAUACGAGGGGAAUAUCAAGCGAAAGGUGCAAAGAUGGCGGCAUACUUGCUCAAAGCGCGCGAGCUUCUGGCCUCUCUCCCAAAAUUCGAGGUACGCCAGAUUCCCUGUUCUCAAAAUUCUCAUGCGGAUGCGCUAGCUCGACUGGCAACUGCGCGAGAUACAGAGUUCCUAGGGGCUAUACCGAUGGAAUUUCUAGCCGCCCCUAGCGUGGAACAAUCGGUUGAGACAAUGGUGAUUGGCGCGCCCCAGGACUCAUGGAUGAGUCCUAUUCUAGAGUACCUAUGGGGCGGAAAGCUGCCAAUAGACAAACUCGAAGCACGCAGACUGCGAGCUCAAGCUAUCUGCUAUUGUAUCCACGAUGAGGUGUUGUAUAAGCGAGGAUUCACAGCUCCACUAUUAAGGUGUAUCGAGGGCCCUGAUUGUCGGAUCGUGCUGGAGGAAAUACAUGCUGGACAUUGCGGCAACCACGCUGGGGCACUGUCGCUGGCGCAGAAAGCACUUCGGUAG